CCCACCCAACGCACCGCGCGGUCGGUCGGUAUGGGGCUCUCGUCGGCGGCGGGGGACGGGGCGCAGCUGUGCGUGUUCGACCUGAGGAGGGGGCAGCAGGAGGGGCAGGAGCUCGACAAGAUCCUCUUCUUCCACCCCGCCGACUGCCCCAUCCUGCUCCAGCUCUCCGUCAUCGGCCUCUGCGAGGGGAUCAUCACCUUCGCUAGAAUAUUUUCUCCUGAUGAUGAUUGUGAGGUGAUAGAAUCAGAGAAGCACUCCCAUGUUUUUUACCAAGCUGAAGCAGAUAUAUGGAUGGUUCUGGUGGUAGAGAAAAACAAGGACACUGAGUCAACUUGGCGGUGUGAUGCAUUGCAAGGAAUUCUUAAAGAGGUUCAUUCGCUUUUCACAAUGUUCCAUGGACCAAUUCGAACUUUACUCGACAGGCAACCCAGUGCUGAACUUGCCCGGGGUCACCUUCGUACUUUUGUCACAGAUUAUUUAAGUGAUUUUAAUUCUGGUAAAAAACUGCAAUUUCCAACCUUCCGUGAUUGCCUAAAGGAGCGAGGAACUGUCCAAAUGCUGACAAUCUCACGGGAAGUGGCACUUGAAGUUCAGUCACUCACCACAAUUCUUGGGUCAUGUCUUGGAAAUGUCCUGUGCCAAUCACUUGUAUUAUUUGAAAAUCUCUUGGUGUCUACAACAUUACCACCGGAUGAUACGCUAAACCUAUAUACUUAUGCUGUCUUGAGGUUGACUCCUCGUGCUUUAUCAUCCAAUGCAAAUUCCUGGUCCUAUCUGCGAAAAGGAACUUCUGUUCAUGCUGGCCCCACUUCUAGUUCGUCAAAUGGAACAGCUUCAGUAGAAAGGUAUCGCAGUCGAUCUCGUGAUACUUCUCCUACUGGACAAAAUCAGAUGCGUCAUUAUUUCAGGCCUCUCCAGCGUGAGAAACUAUACAAGGGAAAGGAUGGUUUUGUUGCUACUGGUUCCACUACUUCAGAAGUCCGUGGUGCUGCACCUUGGGUUCCCAUACUGUGGUUCCAGCAGGCCGAAGACCGCAUGCACCUCUGUGUUUAUGAGCACAAGAACAUAACCAUCCUACUACUUAUUCCAUCUUCAUCACUAAUAAAUGGAGAUGAUGGCAUUGCUCAUGUGAAGAAACAUCUUCUUGAAAAUGCAUCACAGAACAUUGUGACUGUAGAGCAGAAAUUAUCACGAGGAUGGGGAGGAGAAAAUGCUUAUCAUGUUGGUGGAUAUCGCUACUUACUUGUUGAUCCGGAUAGAAAAGUAUCAAGAGCCUCCCCACCUGGGAAAGUCACCACCCUAUCAAAAGAUUCUCUACUUUCCCUGAAUAGAGUAAGAGAAGAAAUAGAUUUGGAGAAGUCGAGAGCAAAGAGGUCUGGCUCUUGCCAUGACAAGGAUUUUGAAGUAUGCAUCAGAGCAAAAAACAAUGCAUGGGUUAUUGCUAAAGUUUCCCGAGGAAGAGAACUUUAUAUGGCGUUAGAGAAGGGUGGCGAAACACUUCUUUAUGCAUCUACUGCUGUUGAGAAGUUCAGCAACAGGUACUGUGAAGGAGCAUUCUCUACAGACUAGGAACACCCAAAUGGAGAUGAUUGUUUUUCCCGAAACCACCAUGACCUAUCCAGUUUGUCGUUAAUUUAGGCUGUCACUCCCUCAUGGUGUCACGAACAUGGAUCUUGUUAUUUGAAUAGAUUCGUACAGGCCGUACAGAUGCCAUGUUGUUGCCUUGCAAUUCAUACAAAUAGCUUCGUUAGAGAACAAUAUGGGGCAGGAAAUAGUCGGUUUGCCUUCCGACGUCCUUCCAGUUCCGGAUACAUCAUACUUAUGGCCAUGGCCAUGUGUAUUUGUUGUAAAUGCUGACUAUGGACCUGAUGACUUAUGUAGUACUAGUUCAUUCAGUUCAUGUACUGUUUU